CGGAGCCAAAGAUCCAAAGAAGAACUUUGCCAAGAUUAGCGUAUCAUUCUCAAGCAAAACCGGAAUCUUCAAAGCGUCUUAGAGAUGAUGAGAGUGAACGCGAAAACAUCAAGGAAGAAGUACUGAGCUUGAAACAAAAAUUGGAUCAGACGGAAGAAAAAUACCCGAAUUAUAGUGGAAGUAACAAGAGAUGUGCGGUUUGGGCAGGCAUCGGUGCAGGCGUUGCAUCAACUUCUGUAACAAAGCUUGUUGAUGAUGAACGCUAG